CCACACAAUCUUGACACCAUGUGAACCAAAUAAGUUUAUCUUGGUCUCAUCAGACCAAAGGACAUGGUUCCAGUAAUACAUGGCCUUAGUCUGCUUGUCUUCAGUAAACUGUUUGAGGGCUUUCUUGUGCAUCAUAUUAAGAAUAGACUUCCUUCUGGGACGACAGCCGUGCCGACCAAUUUGAUGCAGUGUGUGGCGUAUGGUCUGAGCACUGACAGGCUGACCCCCCAUCCCUUCAACCUCUGCAGCAAUACUGGCAGCACUCAUACGUCUAUUUCCCAAAGACAACCUCUGGAUAUGACGCUGAGCACGUGCACUUCUUUAGUCAACCAUGGUGAGGCCUGUUCUGAGUGGAACCUGUUCGGAUAAAGCGCUGUAUGGUCUUGGCAAUCUUCUU